UCCAGAUUAUGGCUGACAAACUGGUUUUGGCAUUCACGUUUCACUAGCACUGUGCCCUUGAAGAGCUGAUGUGGCUGUAGAAACUCUCUCACUUACAACUGUUGUGUUUGAAAACAUUUUUUGUUUGGCUUUCUUGUAGUUGUUUUCUUAUAGCCUUUUUUUUUUUUUUUUUUUUUUUUUUUUUUUUUUUUUUUUUUGAGAAGAUGGCCUUUCUAAUGAAAAGUAUGUUGAGCAACCAGGUAAAGAAUUUGGGACUUGGAGGUGGAGGGGAAGAAAGCAAAGAAGAAAGCUCUCCUUCUGAUCCAGCAGCAGCUGCAGGAAUGACCAGAGAGGAGUAUGAGGAAUAUCAAAAGCAAAUGGUUGAGGAGAAGAUGGAAAGAGAUGCAGCAUUUGCACAGAAAAAAGCAGAGCGAGCUGUUCUGAGGGUUCACCUGAGAGAAAAGUACAGACUGCCCAAGAGUGAAUUGGAUGAGAAUCAAAUACAGAUGGCUGGAGAUGAUGUGGGAUUGCCUGAAGACCUUCAAAAGAUGGUGGCAGAAGAUCAGGAGGAGGAAGAAGACAAGGACUCUAUCCUGGGCCAGCUGCAGAACAUCCAGAAUAUGGACAUGGAUGCCAUCAAAGAAAAGGCACAAGCCACCUUCACUGAGAUGAAACAGGCAGCUGAGCAGAAAUGUUCCAUGAUGUAGAAGAGCCACCACUGCCCAAAGGCUGUAACUUCAGUCUUGUGUUGCUGGGGAUGCAGAGGGAGAGCAGGCAGAGGGAAGCACGUAGCUCUAUAGCAUUCAGUGUAAAUAUAGAAAAGUGAUGAGAGAGAGAGACUUAAAACCCUGAGGGGAAAGUAAAAUUUUACCUGCUGGGACUGCCUAGAAGGAAGUUAGAAUUGAUCCUCAGUUUUGAACAUAACUUUUUCCCCCACGGAAAAAAAUGGCUUAAAAAAGGUAGUAUUGGGGAAAAAAUGUGCCUUUUUCCAUUUUUUCCACAUGACUGAAAUGCUAUUAAACAUGAAUGUUUGAACAAAAUUGUACUUCUGAUACAUCACAUAGAGGUAACCACUCAUUUAAUCCUGCUUUCAGAAAUAAAAACAUAUAUUUCUUAUAAGAACAUGUCUGUUUCAAGCAUCUUGAGGCAAACACAGUGUUCAGAUAUUGACAUUUGCUGCAAAACCUUGGUUUCUAAAAUCAUCUCUGUAUUAAGUGUAGCAAAAGGCAAAAAGUGAAGCAUGUAACUCAACAGCUUGGGUCAAAAAUGUUGUCAUAUACACUGAGUGGGGACUUGUAGGAAAGGCUUGGUGGCUCAGUGAGCCGUGCUCUGGAGCAAUGCAGGCUUCUCCAGUCAGCUCUCAUUUCCCAGCCUCUCAAAGACACUUCAAACAUCAAGGGACAGCAGUGACUCUCUGCUUGUCUGCUCUGUGUGCCAAAUUGUGGGGCUGGGGGUGCCGGCACAAGGCUAAAACCAGCUCCAGACGCUGAUUCUGGGAGUUGUCUCCAUGGAAGGCUAAACACGGAAGGUUAUGCCAGGGUGGGGCACCUAAACCUGAGGAAAGGCUUAGCUCUCACUCAUGUUAAAUCUGCCUGUGUCUAUGGGACAUGCAGGCUGUUGCUUCCAAGGAAUUAUAUCAAAUUAAUGGCUUUGUAAGUUCUCCAGGAGCUAGCCUGGAAAUUAAAUUUGGAAACGAAUACAUGUAGCACCUUCCUAAAGGUUUAUAAGUCUCUUUCUCUCUCUCUCUCUCUCUCUCUUUCUGUCUCCAGCCAAUCAAGUAAAAAUAAUAAUCUAAAUAAACAAAUGCACUAAGUAUGA